AUGUCAAAUCACUAUGAUAUUCCAUCUUGGGCCGGAAAACCACCUACCGGUCUGCAUUUGGAUGUGAUGAAGGAGGACAAGCUCAUUCAGAAGCUGAUGAUCGAUGAAAAACGCUGCUAUCUGUUCGGACGCAAUCCGCAGAUGAACGACUUCUGCAUCGACCAUGGUUCCUGCUCACGCGUACAUGCCGCAUUCGUCUACCACAAGCAUCUUCACAUCGCCUACUUAGUCGACCUGGGCAGCACGCACGGUACGUUUAUCGGAUCGGUCCGUUUGGAGGCAAACAAACCAACGCAGCUGCAGAUCAACAGCCAGUUUAGCUUCGGCGCUUCGACACGCCAUUACAUACUGCGGGAACGGCCAACAGUUGGUUCACGCACGAACAUCAUGGAAGAUAUACCGAUGAUGGACAUAAGCGACGGCACCUUUCUCGGAUUGCCAGAAAGUCAAACCGAGCUGGAUAAUCUCACCGAGUACAAUACCGCACACAAUCGGCGCAUUUCGAUGCUGGGUAUAUCCGACGACGGUGGUACCGUGGGCGGUGCAGGCGGUACCGGUGGACCGGGUGGCAACAGCGGUGGCUCGUAUAAAAAGAGCAAACGAAACAAACGGAAAGGCGUUGCCUUCAAUGAGGAUGAAAUUAUUAUCAACCCCGAGGACAUUGAUCCGUCGAUUGGACGCUUCCGCAAUCUUAUCCAAUCCACCGUGGUGCCGGUAUCGGCGAAACGUGCCAAAAUGGAGGUACAAAAUAAUAUGGGCAUCGUGACAUCGCCGACCGGUGGUAUGAAAACCGGCGCCUUCCAUCUACACACGCACCAUUCGCUAGCGGGUGUACACGGUCAACAUAACCCUAAUGUGACGCCUAGUCUUUAUCAUGGAAUCGAUCCAGUUGAUGGAGGAGCGCAUGGCGGUGGUAGUGGUGGAGGCGGUGGUGUUGGAGGUUCGGGUGGUUCCGGAUCGGAUGGGCGUGGGUUCGGAGGCUUCGAUAUGGACACGACACCGAGCGGGCUGUCAACGAAGUUGGGCAUUUUGUUGCCCAAUCCGGCACCGGAUGUUAAUCCGACACCAGUCCCGGUACGAGAGACUGCCACGGUACCAAUGUUUGCUGUGCCGGGUGGAACCGCAUCCGGUGGUGGUGGUGCCAUCAGUAAUAAUGCUAAAGCGGGCGAGAAACAACCCGACACUUCCGACGAACCCAAGAAGAAGAAAUAUGCCAAGGAACAGUGGCCUGGCCGGAAACCGCUCGGUUUGGGCAGCUUUUAG